AUGAGGCCCAGCACCUUGGCAGACUAUGUGUUGGACUCUCAAGUCCUUGAGGAAGUGACUAUAGCCCUGGGAAGGUGUGUUGAAGAGGUUAACUUUGACAAAAGCUUUGUCUCGAACGGAGGGGACUCCCUCAGAGCCACCAUCUUGAAAUCGGCACUCGCGUCACAAGGAUACCACAUCACGAGAGAGUCUAUACUCAAAUGUCGUUGCUUGGGCGAUUUGCUCAACAAUUUACAAUUCAAAUCGCUAGUAUCAUCUGGUGUCUCUCCUACCACCGACCGGCCUUCACGCGGGCAGAGAACAGACAGUCCAGCGACAUCCCUGACCUCAAUGAGCUCGCCUCAAUCGGAGACAACCUUUUCAGAUUGCCCAUCCGGAAGAUCUCUACCAGACGCUUUGCAUCUACCGGUCGAAAAGGAUCUGGCACUCUCGCCACUUGUGCAGACUUGCUCUAUAGCUCAGAGUGAGGCAGAUGUUCUCACAGAGAUGCAGCUUUCACUCAUACACGAAUCACUCACUCAUUGCGGGUCCAACUUAAUCACGUACACUGAGCGUCAUCCAUCUGAGAGCAUUCCUGUACUUCUAACGGCGUGGCGUAAGGCAAUCGAGCUCGAGGAUAUCUUUCGUGGCUCUUGGUUCAGCGAAUUAGUCUCUAUGCGGACAGCCUCAUCGACAGUACCAGCACAAUGGAGUGGCUUUUCCCUCGAUGCAACUGUAUGCGAGUCUGGAAGCAAAGACAGUUCCACAUCAACCAUCACUUGGGUCGUACAUCAUGCUUUCAUUGACGCAUACUCCUUCAAUCGUUUGCUAUCGAAAGUCCAAGCCUUGGCAGUCGGGCAAACCCCAACCCCUGGACCCUCUUUCUGGGAUUGGGCACGGGAUCUGCGCAGGUAUCAAUCAAUAAACAAGGCCACCGGAGACGCGUUCUGGAGAAAGUCCAUUGCCAAACAUAAGGAAGCUCGAUCGGAGCUUCUGCUUCCUCGCCCAAGCCGUGCUGUUUCUGCACACGAGACGGAAGAUGCUUCAGUGGAUACGCUGCAUGUCAAAACGGAAGCCACAUUAUUGGAGGCAACAGCAUUAAGCGCCAACAUCACCCCUGCAGCUCUCUAUUAUGCGGCAUGGGUCUUGUUGCUCGCUGUCUUCACGGAUUCAGAUAGUAUAUGCUUCGGAGCAGUCAUGAGCGGCCGUGGCAUUGACGUUCCCGGGUCCUUAGAAGCCAUUGGGCCACUGAUCAAUGUCAUUCCGUUUUAUUUCACCCUGAGGAGGACCGACAACGUCAGAUACUUGCUGGAACAAGUUUUCCACAGUCUGGUUGAGCUGGAAGCAUUCAGCUGGACCACUACCGACAACGGCUUUGUUCGGCAAUAUGACUCGGCGCUGUCCGUACAAAUACAAGAGCCUGGGGAGAUGUCAUGCCAUCGAUUCAAGCCCCUCGAGACGAGUAUCGCACAGCACUCUCUCAUACCUAUCAGCGUCACAGUGAAUCAACAAAAUGUGGCAACCAUCGACUUUCACUCGGAUCGAUUCAGUCGACGGGACUCUGCUUUGAUUGUGGAAUGUUACGAACAGGCGUUGUCGUCGCUGACAAAUCUGGAAACAACUGUCGGCAAUAUUAUGCAGGCUCUCCUCUCAUGCCCUUCUCAUAGCCAGCUUAUGAGAUGGGGUAACUGUAUCUCCGGUCUGACAACCAGAGCUUCCGUUACACAGGAUCUGGUGACCCUGUUUGAGUCAACUGCAGACGCUUAUCCCGAUGCAACUGCUGUUGAACAGGGCGAUGUAAGCCUGUCCUAUGAGGCGCUUUAUACAAUGUCCGGUCAAGUAGCUCAGGAACUGCUUCAAAUCACAUCUCCUGGAGACGUUGUCUGCGUGCAUGCCGAUCGGUCAACUAAAUGGAUCGGUGCGAUCUUUGGAGUCCUCCGAGCUGGCUGCACCUACUGCCCGCUCGACCCAGCACUGCCGAUGAAACUCCGAGAGUCAAUGGUGUCUGCCGUUCAUGCAAAGGUGUUCAUCGCAGGCACCAACGACCAGUUACAGACGGAUGUUCCCAGAACUAGCAAGGUCGCCGUGUCCGUCGAGACCAUGUCGCUGGUUGAGAUAGAACCGCUUGAGCGCCGAGCUUCCCCUCGACCCUGGACGGCAGCCUACAUUUGCUUUACGUCUGGUUCUACUGGAACUCCCAAGCCUGUGGUGUGCUCACAUGCUGGUCUAGUCGCAUUCCAAAGCGACUUCGAGGUUCGAUUGAAUGCUAAACCGGGUGUGCGUAUUUCGCAGAUCAUGUCCGUCGCAUUUGAUGGGAGUAUGCACGAGAUUUUCUCCGCCAUAACUCAUGGGGCCACCCUCGUACUCGCGGCAGGGGCCGACUCGCUCGAACCGCUCAGCAAAGCUGACUCGGCUAUCCUGACACCAUCGCUAGCCCGCGCGUUAGAUCCAACCGAGUUUCCCAAUCUCCGAUGGGUCUAUCUAGUUGGAGAGCCCGUACCGCAAAGUGUGUCUGACAGGUGGUCCGUGUCAACGACUCUCUACAACAUGUAUGGCCCAUCGGAAUCGACCUGCGGUGCGACAAUCAAACGGCUGCUUCCUGGCCAUCCCGUAACCAUUGGCAAGCCGAAUCCUACGACGCGCGUGUACAUCUUGAAUUCGCGACGGCAACUGGCACAGCCAGGAAUGAUUGGCCGCAUCGUUCUCGCUGGCGUCCAAGUAUCCCAAGGUUAUUUCGGCAUGGCAAAGGAGACGGCAGAGAGAUUUUGGGAUGACAGUAUUGCCGGUAAUGGAGAGAAAAUGUAUGACUCUGGCGAUCUCGGCUACUGGAAUGAAGAUGGUGAGGUCGUGUGUAUUGGCCGAACCGACCGACAGAUAAAACUGCGAGGGUACCGCUUGGACCUCGACGACCUGGAGAUAAGAAUUGCCAGAAACAUCGGAGAGGUGCGGGCUGUGGCAGUCACUUUGCCCCGCGGCACCAAGGACGAACUUGUGGCCGUGAUGCAGCCAGCUACGCUGGACCUCGUCGACUUGCGCGAAAGGCUGCAAGCAACACUUCCACCUUAUGCAGUCCCUCGCCAUAUUGUUCUGGUGGAACAUAUUCCAACUACUGGCGCAGGCAAGACCGACUACAAUGCCAUCGCGUCUAUUCAUACAUCAAAAGGCAUUCUGCCCACGGAAACGCUGGUCACCGAGACGGAGAAGACGAUUGCAGCAGCCUUUCUCGAGGUUCUCGGCAAACCAGCAGCAUCGUUAUCGAUUACCCGCCACACAAGAUUCACCGAAGUUGGAGGCCAUUCCAUUGAACAGAUCAAACUAGCGAGGCAUCUUACUCGGCAGUUCGCUAUCGCUGUCUCGCUGACCAUGGUCAUUUCAAACCCUACCAUCAAGGAUUUGGCCCAGAAAAUCGAUCAAAACAAAUUUGACAGCAAGAUCAUCCAGUCUGUCGAUGUGACUCCUAGACAUUCCAAAGACGUCGCGCCUAUCGAACAGGACUGGCUCAGCAAGUAUCGAAUCGGAAGUGGCAUCGCGUGCUUCAAUGUUUCGUUUCUCGGCCGUAUGAGGCCUGACGAUGUCGACACAUGGCGUCUCGAGCAUGCGUUCAACACAGUACUGGGUCGACACGAGAUACUCCGCAGUCUUUACCGUCAUGUUGGCUCACCUCUCGCAUCCAAAUACCAUCGAAUAACCACUGAAUAUUCCCCAAAGGUUGAGCGGCUGACAAAGUUUGACGUCUGGUCAGAGCUAAAUCGACCCUUCCACUUGGAUCGGGAACACCCCAUUCGCGUGUUGUUAACUGCUGGAGAGAUCCUCGUCGUGAUCAGCCACGUUGCCGCAGAUUAUACCACACUGUCAACCAUCCUCCGCGAGGCAUCUUCUGUAUACCAUGGCCUUGAAGCACCCCCAACUAUAACGAUAUAUCCUGACUCGAGCUUGUGGGGAUCAAACCUCUCUGAAGACCAUACUGGCUUCUGGUGUCAACUGGUCGACUUGCCACCUCAAUUACCACGACUGCUGAGGAAUUCGCCCCAGCGAAACAACUACCAAGGCCGGUCCAUGGUUUUCAGGUUCGACACUGAUAGCAGCCGGUCGAUUCUACGCUGUCCUUCGUCUGCGAACACCAGCCUACAACAAUUAGCCCUCGCUAGUGUGGCCCUCGCACUUCACACUUCAGACUCCGAUACGCUCGAAACAAUUCUGGAUGUGGUACUUGGCGUUCCUUACAUGAAUCGUGAGCGCACAGAGCAUGCUGAAGCGGUCGGUCUCUUCUUGCAGCCUCUUCCAGUACGCAUAAAGCAUAAUUGGCCCUCGAAAAGCGUGUCGGACUUUCUCAGUACGGUGCAGCAAGCAACCCAAUCUGCGCUCUCUCACGGGAUUCUAUGGCAUCAACUAUUGGAAGUGGUUUCUUUCACACCAGAGUAUCCUGAUCAUCCGAUUUUUGAUGUCAUGGUGGCAUUUCACGAGCCUCGAUUAGCCCAACAGCUUCGCAUAGACAUACCAAGUCUCGAGCCUUGUCUUGUCUGGUCCGAAGGUGCCAAAUUCAAGCUCAUGUGCGAAUUCACGGUAGCUGCGGAUAGGACUGUUAUCUUGAGGAUGGAGUAUGAUCAUACCUGCCUCUCGCAUGGAGAUAUUAGUAAUCUCUUGCAGCGUAUUGUAUCUUGCAUGGCCACUCUCGUGACGGAGCAGACCCUCCAGACCUCGGACAUCACUGCUUUUGGUACCACUACGCCAUCGUACGGCCACGUACUCGACCCAGAUAGAGUUUUGGGUAAACCUUUGGUGGAGCUAGCAUGA